GGCAACAAGGUAAGUAGUAACUACUCAACGGCACAGAGCUACAUAAAUACAACCCUGUCGCCCCUCAUCCUCAUCCCAACUUUCACGUCGAAUUCUCCAUCAGAUUCGAACGGGCUCUACGUACUUUAGGGUUCCAUCGAAUUCUUCAGCAUCCGUAGUGAUAGUUUUUCUGUAAUUAUUUUCGGUAUUGUGUGAUGAGCUAGUCUGUUUUUAGUCUGUUGUUUCUGAUUUUGUUGUCUGUUCUGUUUGCAGGAAUUUUUGGACGUCAAUUCUAUAUAUUUCCUUGGAUUUAUUUGUAAACCGAAUUUAUUUUGUUCCAAGAUUUGAUGUUCUAAUGGAGUCCAAAGGCGGGAAAAAGAAGUCUAGUAGUAACUCCUUAUUCUAUGAAGCUCCCCUUGGAUACAGCAUUGAGGACAUCCGACCAAAUGGAGACAUUAAGAAGUUCAGAUCAGCUGCAUACUCCAAUUGUGUGCGCAGACCAUCCUGACACUCGUUUGCUGGUGUCCUAAUUACGUCUUUGACGUGUCUGAAACCAACUGUUUAGUUAUUUAGUUUUUAGUUUUCUACCUGCACUCCUCUUAUUCAUUUUCCAACUGCCUUAUCCUCUACUCUCUUCAUGGUUGUGAGGAUUCUACAUUGAAAUGGCUCUGUCUAUCUCUUCUAUUGUGUUUGAAGGUUUUGAGAAAAGGCUUGAAAUCUCCUUUUUUCAGCCAAGCAUUUUUUCUGAUCCUGAAGGGAAGGGACUUCGAUCUCUCUCCAAAGCAAAGCUAGAUGAAAUCUUAGAACCUGCUGAAUGCACCAUAGUUGGAUCAUUAUCGAAUGAACAUGUUGACUCAUAUGUCCUCUCGGAAUCGAGCCUCUUUGUGUAUCCGUACAAGAUUAUCAUCAAAACUUGUGGGACAACAAAAUUACUUCUAUCUAUCCCCUCCAUACUGAAGUUGGCUGGGUGUCUUUCUCUUUCAGUUGGAACUGUGAGAUAUACCCGUGGAAGCUUUAUUUUCCCAGGGGCUCAGUCAUAUCCUCAUCGCAGCUUCUCUGAAGAAGUGGCUGUUCUUGAUAAAUAUUUCGGGAAUCUGGGGCCAGGCAGCACGAAGGCUUAUGUAAUGGGCGGUUCUGAUAAACGACAGAAAUGGCAUGUUUAUUCAGCAUCUGCAGCUUCUGUUGAAGCUUUCAAUCCUGUUUACACAUUGGAAAUGUGUAUGACUGGUUUGGAUAGGGAGAAGGCUUCUGUUUUCUACAAGAAUGAAUCAAGCUCUGCUUCUCUCAUGACCAACAAAUCUGGUAUAAGAAACAUUCUGCCAGAAUCAUGCAUAUGCGACUUUGAGUUUGAGCCUUGUGGUUAUUCCAUGAAUUCCGUUGAAGGAGCUGCACUAUCAACUAUUCAUGUUACACCAGAAGAUGGUUUUAGUUAUGCAAGCUUUGAAGCUGCUGGGUAUGACUUCAAAGUAGUUAAUCUAGGCCUGCUGAGUGAGAGGGUUUUGGCGUGUUUCCAACCCAUGGAGUUCUGUUUAGCUGUGCAUGCUGAUUUUGGUGCUAAGUUACUUGACGACAUUCAUGCCUUUGAUAUGAAAGGUUAUUCUCUAAACGAAAAAAGCUGUAAAGAGCUUGGAAUGGGUGGAUCGAUCAUGUACCAGAAAUUUGUUAGAACUACAACCUGUGGGUCACCUAGUUCCAUUCUCAGAUGUUGCAGAGAAGAGGAUGAAGUAGAAAAGGAGUAGCAUUCAGAGUUUAUUAUCUUCUUCAAGUAAAAUCAUGGUGCUGGACUUUAUGUUCUAGAAAUCAAAAGGAUUUGGCAAAUCAGGCCCAACCCAAGAAUUUGUAACGGUUUGAAAUUCCAAAUAAAUAAAUAAAAAAAAGUAAAAUCAU